UUGAGAUAAUAUUGUAAACCCUUGUUCGUGAUAGACUAUUAUUUGAAAUUUAUUAUUAAUUCAGUUUUAUACUUCAUUUUUAUUUAAUUUACUAACAAUUAUUGAUAAUUUUUCCUUUAAGAUUGAUAAUCUUAUUUGCCCCAGUUGUUUGCAUGGUUACUAAUUCAGUUUUUCUUCUGUGUUCAACAACACUUUUGCUGUUCAAUGAUGGACUUUCACAGUGGAUUUUCUCAACUUAUUCACUCGGAGAUUUACGAUAAUGGUUCGUUUUCAGACGAGGAAUUGAUAGGCGUGGACACAUCGACACUAUUACCAGUUCUUUCACCAACCAUUGUUGAAUCCGUUUUUGACUCUGAAAAAGACCAAACACCUAUAAAUAAACAACAGAAUGGGAAUGAAAGUAUUUCACAUAAGAAAGAAAGAAUGCUCGAGAAUGGACAAAUCAAGAUAUUUACUCGAGCAAUUGACUCUUAUUUCAACUCAACUUCGGACACAGUAUCACCAUCUUUAGCCUCAACUGGAUAUAUUAACUCAAAUGUAGUGAAUGAUAUUGAAAUGUCAUCAACAACUGAAUACUUUAGCUCAUCAAGAAAUCAAGUUGCCAGGAUCUCCGAGAAUAGUGUCUCAGCUGAUAAAAAUAAUUGUCAAGUGAAAAAGACCUGGAACUCUAAUGUAGCGAAAAAGAUAUUGGCUGUUUAUUUUUCACCGAUGAACAUAAAAUCUGAAUUCUUGUCUACACAAACUAUGUUGGACGGAUUUGAAGCAUUUGCUUUACAAGAGGCAGCUCAUGCUAUUCGAGGAAUUGUAUUUACCGAGCACUCCGAUGAAGUUUAUCAAGCACACUUAUCUGAUUUAUGCGCUGAUCCACGGCCAGUCGAUCUUGUAAGUGCCUGUCAAAAGUCUCGUGCAUUUAGGAAAUUACAUUUGGAGGAUAAAAUUGAAUUAUUGAAAAAUGCCUUCUUCGAUCUUAAUGCAAUGAAAAAUAUAAUAAAUUUUGAUCCAGAAAUCGACGGUUUGAAUUUUUGUGGUGUUAUAUACAAUCGGGAAAAACUCUUUACGAAAAAUCUGUAUUUGCGUAAAAAAGCUUUUGAUUUGAUGGAUACUUUUCCAAAUCGUUUUAGGACCGAUAUCAAUGUCUGUGCAUUGCUUUUUUUAAUCAUUAUUUUUAACCCUGAUUUACCAGAAUUGAAGUACCGAUACACAAUCAAAUCAGAGCAAUACGUUUACAUUUAUUUAUUGAGACGAUAUUUGGUUUCAUGUAUUGAACCGAUUUGUGAAGCUUUGGACUAUUUUUAUCAACUAAUGACAACGAUUGAGGAAAUUCGCCAACUGAAGAUAGCUACUGAACAAGAGUUUGAUACCUCUCGAACCAACGGUUCUUAUUUGCUAAAGAAUCGUGUCGUUAGAUUUAUUGAGCUUGGAAGCGUUCAACAAUAAUUGGAGUUGGUUUCGUGGGCUAUGGUCUAUCGUCUGCUUAUCCUAUUGUUUCUUUUUCACAUUGUUUUCAAUUCAACCAAUUAAAAGCAUCUGUAUAAAUUAUUCAUUUUUACAAUCUCGCAGUGGUCAUUCCAUUCUUGCUUACUUCUAUUAUUGAAUGCGAUUGUAAAUUUACAGUUCAUUUUUGCCGUUCAAUAAUGAACCUUAAGGAUUUAUCUCAUAUCGAUAGGUCGCCAAUAAAAGCCUGCAUAUAAUAGAAAUCUUGUUUCUCAAGAAAGACAGAAUGCUCGAGAAUGGAUCAAUCAAGGUAUUUACUCAAGCAAUUGACUCUUAUUAAAACUUCGUUCCAAUAU